UCUGAGAGAGAGAGAGAGAGAGAGAGAGAGAUAGAGAGAGAGAGAGAGAGAGAGAGAGAGAGAGAGAGAGAGAGAGCGCACAGCCCACUGGCUGAAAGAGAGGAUGCAUCAGAGAGAGAGAGAGAGAGAAACUGUGAUGAUAAUGGAGGCAGGAGAAACGAACAGAGAGAAGAGAGAUUCACAACACUCUCGCGAUUGAUCAGAAAGCAGGUGUUGGACCUUCAUCCACAUCAGACUGAUGUCAGAGGAGAAAUGGAUGUGCGGUAGGACUCGAUGAGCUCCAGCAUCUGACCGAACGAACUUCUGAUUCACACGAAUCCAGUCUCGAGAUCAUCGAUCAUCAGUUUUCCAUUCUAUUUCAAGCUUUGCGUGUUUCGCGGGAUCUUUUCCUCAUUUCACGCCUUUAAAUCAGUUUGAAGCUGCAGCGCGCGAACGGAGCCCGAUCAUGAAUAUAAAACACAUCAGAUUCUUCAUAUAAUGGGGAUCGAGGACGCGAGUAUGAGGAACGGACGGGCUCUGUCCGAUCAGUGGGCCGACAGCGUGGUGGUCCGGCCCCGGACGACCGAACAGCACAUCACGGUGCAUAAGAGGCUGGUGCUGGGCUUCGCCAUCUCCAUCCUCACCCUCAUCAUCGUAACGGCCAUCGCCAUCACGCUCAGCGUCAGCUUCGAGAGAUGCGCCGCGGAGAGCAGCGGGGCUCUGGCCGCGAACGGGUCCAGCAACAGUAAGUGGAAACAGUCCCGGGACGGGAACAUCAGUCACAGAGACACAGAGGACGGCCAGCAGCCCUGGAGACAUCUGCGCUUACCGGCCACCCUGCGCCCUCGCCACUACGACCUCCGACUGUCCGUGUACAUGGAGAACUUCACCUUCUCCGGCGAGGUGAACAUUGAGUUUGAAUGCGUCAACUCCACGAAGUUUAUCGUGCUGCACACGGACCGGCUGGAGCUGGAGAAAGCGCUGGUGUAUUCGGACAGUAAGAAAGCGGGCGCCAUGAGGAUCCAGCGCCGCUUCCACUACCAGCCCAAGCAGGUGUAUGUGAUCGCGCUGCACAGAGAGAUGAAGCCCCUCAGAACAUACAAGAUCAACAUCACUUUUCACGCGCACAUCGAGCACGAGCUCUUGGGAUUCUUCCGCAGCUCGUACGUGCUCAAUGGAGAAAGAAGGUAUCUUGCGGUGACGCAGUUCUCACCGACUCACGCUAGAAAGGCCUUCCCGUGUUUCGACGAGCCCAUCUAUAAAGCCACGUUCAGAGUGAGUCUGAAACACGAGAGCUCGUAUCAGUCGCUGUCCAACAUGCCAGUGGAGGCCUCAACGUCUGACGAGGACGGAUGGGUGACCAACCAUUUCUCCAGGACGCCCCGGAUGUCCACGUACUACCUGGCCUGGGCCGUGUGCAACUUCACCUACAGAGAAGCAGUUACAGACAAUGGAGUCGUGAUUCGGCUGUACGCCAGGCCUGACGCCAUCCAGAGCGGAUCGGGGGACUACGCUCUGCACAUCACCAAGAGACUCCUGCAGUUUUACCAGGAUUACUUCAAAGUCAAAUAUUCCCUCCCAAAAUUAGAUCUACUGGCAGUGCCAAAGCAUCCGUAUGCAGCCAUGGAGAACUGGGGCCUGAGUGUGUUUGUGGAGCAGAAGAUCUUGUUGGAUCCUGACGUCUCCUCCUUCUCCUAUCAGAUGGAGCUCACCAUGGUGGUGGUGCACGAGAUCUGCCAUCAGUGGUUUGGGGAUCUAGUCACACCAGUUUGGUGGGAGGAUGUUUGGCUGAAGGAAGGAUUCGCUCAUUACUUUGAGUACAUCGGGACUGAUUUCCUCUUUCCAAAGUGGAACAUGGAGAAGCAGAGGUUUCUGACGGAUGUUCUUCAUGAGGUGAUGUUAUUGGACGGUUUGGCCAGUUCUCAUCCGAUCUCUCAGGAAGUGUUUGAAGCCACAGACAUCGACAGAGUGUUUGACUGGAUCGCAUAUAAGAAGGGAGCCGCUCUGAUCCGUAUGCUGGCGAACGUCAUGGGACAGACGCUAUUCCAGAGAGGCCUCAAUGAUUACUUGAUGACGCACAUGUAUGGGAACGCGGCGAGAGAUGACUUGUGGAACAAAUUCUCUGAGGCCAUGCAGCGGGAGGGAAAGGACAUCAACAUCACGCAGGUCAUGGACCGCUGGACCCUGCAGAUGGGCUACCCUGUCGUCACCAUCAGCAAGAACGACAGUCUUGACAACAGUGUCACCAUCUCCCAAGAGCACUUUGUCUAUGACACGGAUGCCAAGAUCCAGAAUCCUGAGCUCUUCAACAAAAGCUUCCAGUGGCAAAUACCGCUGACGCUCGCAGUGGGAAACUCCAGUCACAUAUCAACAGACACCAUCAUCUGGGUCUCCAAUAAAACAGAGACUCACAGAGUGGGUCACGUGGGCGGUGAGACGUGGUUGCUGGGCAACAUCAAUCAAACGGGCUACUUCAGAGUAAACUACGACCUCCACAACUGGAGACUUCUCAUUCAACAGCUGAUGACCAACCCAACGAUCAUCUCCGUGGGCAACAGGGCCGGUCUGAUUGAUGACGUCUUCAACCUGGCAAGAGCGGGGUAUUUGCCCCAAAACGUCCCCCUGCAGAUGAUCUCAUAUUUGACUCAGGAGACUGAGUUUCUGCCCUGGCACGCUGCUAGUCGAGCUCUUUACCAGCUGGACAAACUCCUGGACCGCACUGAAGACCACAGCCUGUUCAGCGACUAUGUUCUAAGACAGGUGGAACCAAAGUAUCACAAGUUGGGCUGGCCAACCACUUCCCCUGACGGCUCCUUCAUGCAGGCGGCUUAUCAGGCCGAAGAGCUGCAGAGAGAGGUGAUCAUGCUGGCCUGCAGUUUUGGAAGCAAACACUGUCACCGCCAAGCUGUGUCUCUCAUUUCAGACUGGAUUUCCAGCAACAAGAACAGGAUUCCACCUAAUGUGCGGGACAUUGUGUACUGCACAGGGGUGUCUCUGAUGGAUGAGGACGUGUGGGAAUUUAUCUGGAUGAAGUUUCACUCCUCUACAGCCAUCUCUGAGAAGAAGGUUCUUCUGGAGGCCUUGACCUGCAGUGACAACAUCUUCCUGCUCAACAGGCUCCUGAAUCUGUCUCUCACCUCUGACCUGGUGCCGGAUCAGGACGUGAUCGAUGUCAUCAUACAUGUGGGCCGCAAUCCGCUGGGAAGACAUUUAGCAUGGAGAUAUUUCCGUGAGAAGUGGGACAUAUUGAAUUCCAGGUAUGGAGAAGCUUUAUUUAUGAACUCAAAAUUAAUCAGCGGCGUGACAGAGUUUCUCAACACUGAGGCGGAGUUGAAUGAGCUGAAAGAGUUCAUCCUAACCAGCGGGGGAGAGUCAGCACCUGCGUUCGCUCGAGCCGUUGAGAUCGUUCAAGCUAAUGUAAAAUGGCACAUCCUGUUCCAGCAGCAGUUUUACCGAUGGCUGCGAAAAGCUCCUGACGGUUAACACAACAUUAAGCAUGGAGCGCUCCAUUAGCAUGAAAACUCAUGGCCAGUGACGUGGGGAGAUUUAAGUGAAAUAAAAAAAAAAAAAAUCUGAAAAACUAUUCUGGACUAUGAGAAUCAGAAAAAUUGAGCUUUUAUUUCCCUGCUCUUUUUGAAACGACCAGGCACUCAAAGAACAGGAAGAAAGGAAUGGCUGAAAAAACACUGAAGGAAUCAACGCUGGAAAUUGCAUGGUGGCGUACGUUGGUAGCAACAGACGAUUUACAAACCAUUUCCCCCUCGUAUUUUGCAUGAAAGUCAUUUCCUUCUUCCAGUCAUUCUGUUUGCUAAAGUUUGACCUAAGAAUAUCGAAUUUGCUUUGAAGACCAGACGGCGCUACAAAGAGAUUGCUCUUCGGUAUAUACAAACACAGUUUAGAUUAAGCACAAAGACGUGACAAUCAUCAGUGUUUUGAUUGGAACAGGACGAGGAGGACAAAGAGGAGAAAUAUUCAUGUAGCCUUUUCUCUCUCUAAAGCCAUAAAAGGGGAGCAGACUGAAUUUUAUCUCUUGUACAGAUGACGUUUAUUGUUUGAUCAAUUGACGGCACUCAACGGUCGUCGGAAGACGGAAUCUUCUAUCGAGCGUUCGGAGGGCUUUCAGCGGUGAUGGUUUAACCCGCUGGUGUCCAGGAUCGUUUGCAUUCUCAUAGUGUUACUCUUUGCUCUCCUUUUUUGGAGGGUUUGUCCUUGAAUAUGGUGUGUUUGUUUGAGUGGAAAAAAAUGAUCAGUGUGUCGAUAUUUUCAUGUUUAAUUCAUUGAUUCUCUGGAGGGAGGUCAAUGCAGUGCUGAGAUGUGUUAUCUUGGAGUUGUGGAUAGUGUGGGGUUCUGAAUUGAUGGUUAUCAUGGAGACCAGUUAUGAAGGUUUCCAUAGUUUUAUCUUUUUUUCUCAGUUUUUUUUUUUUUUUUUUGUAUUUUCUUUCUUUUUUUUAAUGAACAUGAAUGUUUAAACAUGGAGCAUUCCUAUUGAAAAUAGUAUAGUGGUUGACCGAUAUAGGGGGGUUAUGUAUUUUUGACUUGUUUUCCAGUAAUAAUAUUCAAAAAUAUCUGUUAAGCAAGACAAAUCUACAUUUGAAGCAAAACUGCAUACAAUGAUGCUUUACAGAGAAUAUAUCUUGAAUUUAAUAUAUUUUUUCUUACUCAGUUUGUUUCCUUUGAUUUUUAAGCAUCUACAUGUGCAAUUUUUAUUUUUUUCAGGCAAAUUAAUCUUGUUUUAAUGAUGCCCGAUGACCAGUCUAAUAUCUGUAAUCAAAUGUAAUGACGGCAAAACAGGUGUAUAGAAAUUUGCUGAAAUGACAAGGACACUUGUACUCGAAAUUAACCAUAAAUAACAUAUUAUCCAUUAACAAUCAUAAUGUGUAUUAACGCACAUUAAUUGGCCAAUCGACCAACAACCGCUAAUCUGAAAUUGGUCAGUUAUCAGCCAAUCAGGCGUCCUGGUCGAUAUAUCGGUCCAUCACUAAUAUAUGUGACUCUCAGGCUUGGGCAAAAUUCAGAAUUGAAGAACUGUCUAUUGGCUGAAAUGUACUGAAAUACAAAGACACAGUUACAUAACAGAGGAAUUCCAUUAGUGUGAUACAAGGUUUGUGACAAAAUAUAAAUAAUUACAUCAUUAAUUUUGACUAUUCAGUAUUUAUACAUUUUCUCGACUGAUUAGACCUAUUUCUCUAAAAUAAGUUCAAUACUAUCAAUACAGGUAACAUAGCUAACAUCAAAAUCUGACACUAAUAAUUAUAUAUUAAAAUAAUUAGAGUUUAUGCAGUGAAAUUUUUUUUCUGUACUGAAUAUAAUAUAAUAUAAUGUAAUAUAAUAUAAUAUAAUAUAAUAUAAUAUAAUAUAAUAAAUAUGUGAUCCUGGACCACAAAACCAGUCGUAAGUCACACGGUAUAUUUGUAGCAAUAGCCAACAAUACAUUGUAUGGAUCAAAAUUAUCAAUUUUUCUUUUAUGCCAAAAAUCAUUAGGAUAUUAAGUAAAGAUUAUGUUCCAUGAAGAUAUUUUGUAAAUUUCCUACCGUAAAUAUAUCAAAAAAUUUUUGUGAGUGGAUAUGUGUUGCUAAGGACUUCAUUUGGACAACAUUAAAGGUGAUUUUCUCAAUAUUUUGAUUUUUUUGCACCCUCAGAUUCCAGAUUUUCAAAUAGUUGUUUCUCAGCCAAAUAUUGUCCUAACAAACCAUACAUCAAUGGAAAGCUUAUUCAGCUUUCAGAUGAUGUAUAAAUCUUUUUUUAAAAAAAUUGACCCUUAUGACUGGUUUUGUGGUCAAGGGUCACAUAUAAUAUAAUAUAAUAUAAUAUAAUGAACUACAUAUAUGGGGAAGCCAUACUUAACCAUUUAUUUCUAGGAAUACCUCAUAUACAGUGUGUAUGAUAAUAUUUACAUCACAUUUACACAUUUGUCAUUUAUACUGGAAAAUUUAUUUUUUUAGAAACUACAGUACCUGAAAGCUCUUAUGUGAAUUUCAUUCCAUUUUAAUUCUGCAUCUUCUUUGCUACCUCAAUUCAAAUUCACUUCAAUUUCAUGAAUCGUAAGGCAUUCUCAAUUCAGUUCUGAAUGGUGCACAACCCUGGUGACUUCAGAGACCAUUAAUAGUACCUUCUAUCCAGCUGGCGGUGUGGAUCUCUCGAGGAACAUAGGCCACUUUUUAAAUGACUGGCUGGGUAUUUAAUGAAAUCCCCAGACAAGACCCUUUAGUCGGAUAUUAUAAAGUAGUAAGUCGCCUGUGUAAUAUCAGAAUGAUCCACUAAACAUUUCCAGCCUUUUUAUUUCCCUCCUUUAAUGUGUUUGACGUAAGGCUCUCUUUUGUUUCUAAAUUAGAGAUAAUAUCCUCUGUGUUUUGAGCAGAGCUGCUUAGAGAUUUUAAUGCUUACAAUAAAUUCUUUUGUACAGUAAUGCAUCUUCGUCUAACUGUGCCUGUUAUUGUGAGCUACCUCGAUCCAGAGAUACUCUAUGCUUAAGCUGCUUCAGCGCUUGUGCUAUUACAGGAAAAGUCUGUCUCUGGGGCCAAGCAUGAAAGGUAUUUGUUAGUUUUGAGGUUAUUUAGGUUACGGCCAAACUUUAUAGUGCCUCCAAGAGCUCAAUUUUCAGUCAUUUAUCUGCUGAUACCUUUUUAACCUUUUAGAUUAGACACAAAAUUUUAAUUAUUUUAAUUUCCACCCAGAAGAUUGAUGGUUUUUCACUACUUCUUCUACAAAAUUUGUCCAAUCAUCACAAGACCAAUCUUGCACAAAACUGAUGUUUUGUCCAAAAUAUGGACAAACCCAACCAUUGGUUUAAACUUUUUUAUUUAAAUUUUGAACCCAACUGUUGGGUUUGGCCACAUUUGACCCAAACAUAGGUUGAAACAGCAUUUUUAGGGAUGCACCAAUAUUGAAAUUUUGGCUGAUAUCAAUUUGCUGAUUAUUUCCAUGUUAUGGCUUAUAGCCAAUAAAUGGCUGAUAUUAUAAAUCUACACAAAAUCAUUUAAAUAAAUAAUUUUUAAUUAUUAUAAUAGUGCUGCAAGUGAAUUAAGGUAUCACAAGAUGAUAAUAUACAGUAUUAAUGAUGUAUAAAUAUUCCAUUUGAAAAAUUAUCCUUGUGUAAUAAUAGAGGAUGGAACUAAAUAAUAAGACAGGUAUUAUACAAAAAAAUUAUUUUCAGUUUUAAGUGACAGGCCCUCAAAAUGUCUGCAAACAAUCCUGCUUUCAGGUACAUUUGUAUCUCUGUUGUUUAUGCUUCACCUCUCAGAGACAUAUAAAUCCUGUGAUCUGUAAAACUUAAAAAAACAGACAACGGCAAACUUUCCAACUGUGCUGAUAUUUCAGAACAAAGCACUACAAGAGACCAUAAAUCCUUUUUGUGCCGCCAAUGCAAAUUAAUAUUUUGCCAUUUCCACAAUACCUACAAAUCAGAGUGCUUUCACAUUCAAAUCAAUGGCGGGAUUUGGAUUGGAUUCUCUCUUAUCACAGGGCUUUGUUCCCUGUAGAGUCAGAAAAAAAGGAGAUAGACUCAAGCAUGUGGAAAAUAACUCUAGCUUCCUUACAGCCAGACAAAUCACAAAAAGUCUUAAUUUGUAUGAUAAACUGUAUUUCAACAAAGUCAACACCUUCAAACCAUUUUGGAAAAUUUUGGAAAAAUUCACAAAUGGCAUAUUAUUGAACCUACAAGACUACAAAACUACAAGAACUGCUACUAUGUGUAAUAAUACCAUACACUUCUGAAAAUUCAGAUUUUUACUUUUCCUCCCUAUAUAUAUAAAUAUGUAUGUGUGUGUGUGUGUGUGUGUGUGUGUGUGUGUGUGUGUGUGUGUGCUAGAAAAUCCAUCCAUCCAUCAAGUGCUAGAAAAUAAUGAUCUUUAAUAUUUAAAUUGCACACAGUAAUUUUGUCACAAUAAUGAAAUUUCGCAAGCAAAAAGGUUCUUCGUCCAUUGGCAGUAGUGUAGCAAUGGAUAAAUCACCACUCACACAGAAGUCACUUUUUGAAACCAAGCUGCUUUCUGUUGUUCAACAUGGUGAAUUUCCACAAAAAACCUGGAAUCUGAAAAAAAUCUGAAUGAGAAUUUUUUGCCAUCAUGAAAAAAUUCCAGAACAUGCGGAUUCCUAUUGAAAUGACUGGAUUUUGUGCAUAAAAUUCCACCAAGCAAUGGUAAAUUUGACUGCACCUUUCUACUGACACCUAGUGGUGUGGAUGCAGCAUCAUGCAAAAGCAAUAGCUUUUGGUUAGCGAUGCCAUUGUGGAAAUAUAUAUAGAGUGUAUAUAUAUAUAUAUAUAUAUAUAUAUAUAUAUAUAUAUAUAUGUAUGUAUAUAUAGUCACAGAUUAUCUCAGCACACCUUUUACACCAGGCCCUACAACUCCACCCAUCCAAUCACAAUCACCCGAAUACUGAUCAGCCCCACCUGUCACUCAUUAUCAUGAACUGGUUAAAUACUCACCAAUUCCAUUGAACUUAGACUCACCUGCCCGUUUUCCUGUUCAGUUUCAAUAAAUGUGAAUAAAUAUUCCUGCUGAAUCUCUUGUGUCCUCCUCUGUUAUCUCCUCCUGACUACCAGAAAAAAGUUUUGUGAAUUUAUUAUUUUUUCAUGUCAUUACAUUGUUUAGACCAUAAGAAAAAAUGGAAAAAUUACAUUUUUGAAAAAUGAUAUUUUAUUCAUAUGUUAUGCUAUGUCCUCUGUAAAGGACACCAAAAUAAAUAAAUAAAUAAAAUAAAAUAAAAUAA